CCAGAAAAUACAAUUGCGCCUGGUGUCAAGGGGACCAGUACGUGCUAAUUAACCUUUGAUGUAUGCGCGCCUCGUCUAGGCAAAAACGUAAACACUGAAGUACUUGCUUCUAUUAGUUAAGCCAUCAUGGCUCCGCCCCCAUUUCCGGCGCCUUUGGUGGUGGUCGGGCUUUCCGUCUUCGCUACCAUUUUCACGGAGGUAUUAACGCUUGUUCUUGUCGCUAGCUCAUCAACUUAUAAGCGGCUGGUGGCGGACAUCGACCGCGCUGCCAAGGAGCUUGAGAAGCUGCAGGCCGUGGGCGCCAGCAGCACGGCCGCGCAGAAGAAGCGCGAGCGCGCGCUGGACGUGCAGCUGACGCACUACAGCCGCGACUUUUACAUGUGGCGCAUGCGCAGCUACGUGGUGAUGAUGGUGGUGCUGGCGGCCAUGUUCUAUGUGCUCAAGACAUGGUACGUCGGCAAGUCGGUGGGGCAGCUGCCGUUCGUGCCCAUGUUCCCCUUCUCCAAGAUGGCCUAUCAGUGGCUGGAGAGCCCCGCCGGCACCGACAUGAGCUUUAUGUUCCUGUACGUGCUGUCCAACAUGGGCAUCAAGCCCAACGUGUCCAAGCUGAUGGGCACGCAGCUGCCCGCCACCGUGAGCAAGGCCACGGACAUGUCCAACCUCACGGCGCGGUUCAGCAAGCUCAUGGGCGCCAAGACCGCGUAAUGGGGCGUAAUGCAGUGAUGGGAAAACGGGUGUUGGCGGUAAUUGAGCUGCUUGGUGGCGGCUGGGAGCUAGGGGGUGUAGGAGCAACCCCACCACGUGUGAUACGUGCGCUGUGGCGCAGUGCAGGCUUGAGGGUGAGCAGGUGACGGCGGGGUCUGAGCACUGCCUGAGUGGUUGCAUCGCCCUGGAACACGGGCUAUAGGGCGGUAUGCCAAGCCAGUAUCCCGCUACUAGAUUGUGAGUGGCGCCCGAUGUCAGUGCAGCACUGGGAUUUCAUAAGGCGCAUAUGUUCCCUUGAUGUUGGCGAUGACGCCAAGGCGUUGGUGGAGUGAGUAUGCCAGUCACUCCGACUGGUCCGGGCCGUAUAUUGCAGUAACGCUCUGCGCGAUAUGGGCACUCGUUUGGGGGGUCGCGAGUGAUUGUCAACUACCGUACGCACUCAUACUCUUACUACAACCGUUUUCGGUACUGAGGGUGGCAGAAGUGGCUGCGUGUACAGUACUGGGUGGAUGACUCCACAACUGUCAUAUGUGUGCACAAUUGUAGCGAAGGCCAGGGUGGAUGCGUGAUGAACCGGUUGGCAAUCCUUCCGCCGGGACUGGGCUGGGCAGGCAUGCUGGGCGGGCCGGGAUGGGCGGGAGACC